CUUUCAUUGCUCAUUAUGUCGGGUUCUCAGCUUGGUCUACAUAAUGCUGUUACUAUGAUGGGUUCAACACCCAAUGUUGAUUGGUCCUAAAUAAUGACGUUCACGAAUCGAAAGUGUAAAGUUCAUCAAAUCUGAGAGAUCCGUGCAGUUCACAUGGCAGCCACAUCGUGAAAGGAGGCUCAGCGUCAAGUUGCUAGUAUGAGAGAGUGGCAAGGGGUCAAAGCCGCUAAAGUGACGGCUUGGUGCAUGUGUUACUUGCAUAAACAUCUGUUCUGUAGAUUAAAUCGCUUUAGGCUGUUACAUAAAUGGCAAAGCAUCCGCAACUGGAAGCGACAGAUUUCUCGGUUGCUUGAUUGCUACAUUUUCAGAUGGCCAGGAACAUAAUCUUGGCUUUGAACCUCUUGACAGGUAGUGUUGGGGAUUGAUGUGGUAUUUCGGGUGAUUUAUUGUAGUUUUCGUAGUACUGGCAUUGUGUGCACCAUGGCAGUGAGCCAGUAUUUGACAAAUUUGGAAAGAAUUGGACUCUCUCAGCCGAACACUUACCCGGAACUCGCAGGGACUGCACAAUACUUCCUAGAGUUACCAUCGGUCAUUACGAACUCCUACCGCGCUCUCGAAAACAGCCCGCCUUCUAUCAAAGAGUGCCUCGAACUCAUUGGAAGACCAAGAGAAGAUGGCAUUACGAUAUUCGAAACAGGCUUCGAGGAUCUUAAUAUCAUCGAUGACUUCAAGUCUCACCUAAGUCACUCAUCUGGACCAUCUGUAGACCUUUUGGAUCUGGUAACUUACCAUGACCAUUUCCCAUUGACAUGGCUCGAAAGCCAGAUUUCGAAUCUGAACUCCUCCAGCGCCUGGAUACCUCUUGCUCGGUCAUCCUACGCUCUCGCAUCCGUCGUAACUGGCUCUGUCGCUCUUCUUAUGCCAAUACGCCGGAACGAGAACAAGCCAUACCCCGAUGCUCGCGCCAAUCCCUGGACGCAGUACAUCUACCCUACCCUCACUCGCAACCUUGACAUAACGUCCAUCACAGUCUUCGACACGAACAAUUUCGAUCGCAAAAGGACGAUAUGGAGACGCGGCCACGACCCACCAUUCUCUCGGCCGGCGUAUCUUGGCGAGCCAGUCCUCCGAGCAAAUUCGUCUUCUCCAGAGUAUCUCCCGUCGCUUCUACAGCGCGGUGAUCCGCUUCCUUCUACAGAAGCGCCGAGCGUGUUCUGGAGCUCGCUUUGCACGGAUAGCUCCGAAUGCUUGGACGCUACGGCAAAGCUGUUGGAUACUUUUAGCUCGAAAUACCUCGAUACCCCUGUGAUCCACUACCUCAAUCUUGCGACAUAUCUCGGCAGUGACCCUGCCUUGAUCUCACAAACUCUGCUGGCGAGAUACCUCAACGUGGCUUCGAAAUCCAUAUGCCACGAGGAUCCCGGUCUCACAGCCGUGCUGGAAAGUGAGAUGGCACAAGGGACAGUGUAUUUACUACUUCCGAAAGGAAAGGACUGGAAGGCCCCGAACGAAGGAGUCAAGAAAGCGUGUUGGUGGUGCGAUUGCGAACUGCCAGUGUUGACGAGAAACCUACGGGUUGGCGAGAUCGUUGCUAUUGAGGUUGACGACGAUUGGAAUGAUGCAGGCGGUGGAGAACCGGGUUUCUUGAAUAGGAGAAUUGUUUGGAGGAAGGAUGAUGCACCAAUCGGAAAGAGCCCUUAUGAUUAUAGUAAUAGGAAAUGA